UGUGUGCUAUUUAUAGAGUGUGAUAUAUUUGCAUUCUGAUAGUUCUGUUUCUGAUAAUUAAAAGUUAAUUUUCAUUUGUCAGUCGCAUGUGGCACAUUAUUAUUUUUUUAACUAGUUUUUCACUUGAUUGAUGUUUACAGAAAAUUACAUGAUAGAAUAUCCACCACAUCUAAGGGAGAGUAUUUGGAAAACAUGCUAACUCAAGUAAUUAGAUGAAACAGUGAAUAACUGACACAUUGCUUGCCUAUAGGAUGUUUGAUACUCCAACUAGGUACGGCAAAUGGCACACAAUUAUGGGACAGACUUACAUAUAUUUACAGAAGAGCACAUACAGUAUAAAUUCAAACUUCGAAAGAUAAACUGUGGGCAGUCUCCAGAAUUUUUGUUUGGAUAUAUUUCUGUAUAAAUUGGAUUUUAUAUUAGCUUAUUAUUAAGUUAAUAUCGUCCCUCAUUCAACAUGGAUGGGAAGGUCUGCCAACAACCUGUGAAUGGUUUGUGGGUUUCCACCAGGCUCUGCCUGGUUUCCUCCAUGUUACAAUGCUGGCCGCUGUCGUAUGAAAUAUUCUUGAGUGCAGCGUAAAAACACCAAUCAAUAAAUCAUUCAGCAUGAAAAGAAGCUGUUGAACAUUAAAUGUUUAAAGGUUUAAAGAGGGAAGUUGUUUCAACAGUUACAUGUAAGAGGCUGAAUGUUGAACCCAAACUCCCAGGACCAUUUUGACAGGAAUUUUGAGAAAAUAAGAAGUUUCUUAGGGAGAAACUCUAGGUAGGCUGUAUCUGGAACACUUUUUAACUGAUAUGUAGCAUUUGUACUAGGUCCUCAUUCUUCAAGAAAUAAAAUUUAAAGGAAGAUCAAGAUGAAAAGGCUUAUAUAAUAAGUCAUAUAUAUUUCUCUCUAGGAAUGAAUGUUGAAGGCACUUACGUUGAGCCUAGCACAUAAUGGACAAUUUUGUUGUCGAAAAUCUGAUUUUCAGAUGUGGGUGUAAAAUGAUCCAGAAUAUCGUUUACCUGCACACGGGCAACAUUUGUUGGUCAUUUUUGAAGAUUCUAGCGGCAAAAGUGAGAUACGUUUAAGGUCAUGUGAUCCCAAUUGUUGCUUUAAUUUUGUAAGUACUCAUAUGACAUUUCCAUAGACGCUGAUUGGUUGAUUUAGAUGACAAUAAUCUCACAAGAUCUAGAUUGUCCCCACACAAGCCAAAUCUUUUGCCCGGCUCACUUGUUUCUGGAUUUUUUUUGUUGCCCAAAAUUGAACAAGCGGAGUCUUUGGAUCAAACGUUCCAGACUCAAGAAUUCUUGUUGCGGUUACCUGCACACAAUUAAAUUUUGAUGAUUUUUUUGUUGUCUGGAUCAAGAAAUCUUGUUUUCGACAACAAAUGUUGUCCGUGAGUUUUAUGUUGUUUAUAUUUCCAGAUUUUAAGAAUUGAACUUAAUAUUCUUAUAAAAUUUGGUACAUGUUGCACAUGUUGGUAUAUGUAUAAUGUCUGAGCAGUUGUCAGCAGUGAUGGAGGCAUUGAUUGGGAAGCAGCUGUGAAGGUGCUUUUGUGGUUGAACCGACUGCACCUUAUUAUAUUCUCCUACUGGUACCAUAGGAGAUUGGUAUUUGUCUUGUCUGUCAGUCUGUAUCAAAUCAUUUCUCGACUUUUUUUUCCCAAACAGUUCACCAUAUUGAAUUUCAACCUGGUGGAUGACUUCAACAUGAAGACUUACAGAUUUAGAAAGCUCAAGUUUUGGCUUGUUCCAUCAAUUUUCAAAAAAAAUUAUAUGGCCUUUCUUAUGCUGCUUUUGAACUUUUAAAAACGACUUUGACAAUUUCUGGAUCUGUUUCAAAGUGAUUCGUCUUUUUGAAUUGAAACUUGGUACGUGGCUUCAAAAUGACAAGUUACAGAUGAAGUUCAGCACUGGGGUCACUUUGUUUAUUUGCAACAAAGUUAUGCCCUUUUAUAUCCAGCUUUUGAACUUUUUUGAAUAAAUUUCCAGACUUGGUCACAAUUGUAUGCCUGAAAAUAUUUUACAAUGUUGUGGUUUCACACCUGUAUAUACUUUCAAAAGAUUCACUAAAGAAAACUUUUAGAUUUAAUACAUUCUUUGCACUCAGAAGCUUGAUUGUCAUGUAAUUAUUCAAAUGAAAAACCAUGAUACCAUGCUGAUUUGAGUUACAGUUAACCUUCUGCAUUAAACAGUGUCUUUUCCUAGUUUGAAAGUUUUUUGUUUUAACAAAAACUCUUUUUUUUAAAACUGUUUUUCCCCUGUUUUAUGACUUGGGAGAGUAAUCUGUACAGUUCAUUGUAUUGAAUUGAAACUUAUUACAUAGUUACACCAUGUCAUGUGACAAAUCAAGUUAGAGUUUCAAUCCAUUUUAUCCAGUUUCAAGAAGAUCACAGAAUUGUACUGAAUUGAAAAAUGGUUUCAUCAAGAUGAGUUGUAGUCAGAAGUUUUUGAGCUGUUUAGAUCAUUUUCACCAAAAUUGAGGUCAUCUUUGUUUUGCUGUGAACUUUGGCAUUGCCAUUAAUAGUCUGAUGGUUCAAAGGGUGAGGAGGAUACUUUUUUUGUUUUAUACAUUUUAUACUAUGUUUGAUGUACAUUUCUGUUUGGCACUGAUGGCUUAUGAUGUUGAAAUUUUCCAGUGUGUAGAAACAUUGAAGGCCUCAUAUUUGUACUAUAAUGCCUUAGCCUUUCAGGCAGUUGAUUAAAAAAUGAUUAGAACUACUAAAUCUUUAAUAAUAACUGUUUUUAAUCGGUGUAUAAUACUAUAUUCAAGAAUUGUCACAUUAUUCCACCACGAUCAGGUUUAUGGAUGGAGGAAAUUGGAGUAAGGCCUGGAUUUGUACAUGAAUUUAUAGGUCAAGUUCCUACAGUGGAAGCAAGUCAGCUGUUCAGCAGUCUGAGCCAGUCUGCUUUUAUGCAUGCUUUGGUUGUAUGACAAGUGUACUUGACACUGUGACAAAUUUUUCAGAGCUAUGGCUAUGAUUUUGAUCCUAGUUACUCUCCACCAUCGUAUUACAACCCGAUGUCUCCACCACCCGCAAGCAGGGGGUUGGCAGAGCGAGGUCACAUGGGCAUCAGAAGCCCUGUGCGAGGCCAAGGGUGGGGGGCCGGGGGCUCCAGAGGUAUAGGUGUGGGGCGAAGAGGAGGGAUGAUGAGGGGAUGGGGCUUUAGGAAGCAUCCAGCAGAGGUGCUCAAUGACCUUUGCCAGAAGAAUGGAUGGGGAAGCCCUGUAUACCAGCUUCAUUCUCCCAUGAGAAGGGAUGGAAGUGGUGCCCAACAGCUCUUACAGCUCUUUUUGUACAAGAUCACCACACCAGCUCUCAGUGCUUAGUUUCCAAAUCAUAACCCAUUUACCCCAAAUAAACUGUGUUCUGCUGUUGAGGGGGCAAAGGUUUUUGCAGCAGAGUACACUUUGAUGCAGUUAGGUGUGCCUCUUGAAGCCCCAGAGAACAUUAGCCCACCAUAUCCUUACACCCGGCCGAGCUAUGCCAGCCACCCCGGCCCACCUGUCGAACUCUUCCAACAGAUCAUGUGAAAAGCCAUUGAUGACCUAAGGAAAACGAGAAAGAUUUAUGUGAAGUUGAACAGUACAAGAAGACUGAGUUGGCAUUACAAAACUCCCUGCCACAGUUAAGCUAGUCUGAGAUCCAGCUCAUCAUACAGUGAUAUAAGAUGAUAUAGAUUACCAAGUUUAUAUUCAUUGUAAUGAUACACAUACGCACGUUACUUGGCUGAUACCAGCACAUGUCAAUGUGAAUUAUAUGUACACUCAGCAUACCGUUUAUGACUUUCAGUAGUUUCAAAUCUUAGUGAAUGAUUUAUGGCAAAUUUUUACUGAGCAGUUGUUCUCCCCUUUCCACACAUGUGCCACUCAACAAAUAGAUGAACCUGUAUGUUGUUUAUUCUGCUAGGUUGUGUUUAUUUUAGCAGUCAUUCUUACGAGUAGAAAUUGUCUGUCCAAGUUAAACUGAUUUCCUGAGGCCAUAUUCUAUUUUGAUCCUUUUGGAAAUGAAGGUAUGAAUAUUGUUGUGCUACAGAGGGACACAGUUUCCUUGAAAAUUUGAUUUCAAAAGUUUUAUGUUAAUGGAUCCAGAUGGUUUGCUCAUGCAUCGUUUUCUACAAAUACCAUUUGAUGACUGUGUUUAUUGUAUAAAGCUGAGUCAAUUCCACAUAAAGUCAACAGAAAGUACUAUUAAAAAGGCUCUUCAGUCUCAUUUAUAUGCACCAGAAUGUUCUGGCAUUGUCAUUUAAUUUAUGUUAAUGUAUUCCAGCUUAUUUUGCUAUAAAAUCAUUUUUCAUCAUAAUCUUGCCUUGUUAGUUUCUGUUUAGAUCUAGAGAAAAAGCAUAAUGAUACACUGUAUCAUUUAUCAGGCUGCUAAGUUGUGAUGUG